UGAAUGCAAACGAUGGCUAUACCUCCCAAUUUGUAUCGAGAAUAGUUCCUGCCGUCCAAUUGACUCCCACUACAAACGUUUACUGAGUCAUUAAGUUUGGAUUGUAGAUGUAAAAGAUUUGUACCGCAACAAUUCAAAACUGUGAACAUUUGGAACUCUGGAAGUGUCGGAGAGAUGGAGAGGGGAGAUGUAGAAAGGAAAGUGUACGAGGCAUGCAGGAGAUGUCCUUAUGGAGCCGAUCUCAUGGUUACUGCUUUCGUACAAGCCCUAAACAGCUAUCGUCGCUCUUCUGUCUGCACGCCCUUUCCAGUUUCUCUUUUCCACACAGCAGAUGGGAAUGACAAGGACUAUCAAGCUGCAGAGGAAGCUGUUCAAAAUUUUCCCAAAUUAGAUCUUAUAUCAUCAUCUUGCAUCCCAAGCGAUGUGACUUAUGUUGGAACAUCUAAUUAUGUCAAUCCAAUUCAGGGCAUGCCUCUGGAGUCACUGAACUUGUUAUAUUGGCUUUUGCACCCUCGUUACCAGCUAGAGCUGGUCCAGAAUCCAGCAGAAGAGCUAUCAAUAAUUUUACCCUCCAAACUACAGAGGGGAUACCAAGCAAAUGAGUUUAAUGUUGCAUCCUCUCCAGAUCAUAUCAUGCGAGUCCAGAAGGGAACAAAAAAUGAAGAGGAUCUGAAAACAGAAUUUGAAACAAUCAAAUUGAGUUUUGGGAGUAUGUUUGCUUUUCAUGGAACAUCAGCUGAAAAUCUUCACAGUAUUCUGCGAUGUGGGUUACUGAACCUGAGCAAUACAACAUUGCAGCGAAAUGGAGCCAUAUUUGGUGAAGGAACCUAUCUUUCUACAGAUAUCAACGUUGCUCUGAGCUUUUCCAAAGCACAAGAGGGAUGGAAAGAUUCAUGUUUUGGGAAAAAGUUGCAGUAUGUGUUACUUUGUGAAAUUGCCAAGGGUGAGAAAGUUUUCUACACUGAUAAGAGUGGGCAGAGCCUAAGAAAAGUAAAUGAUAGCUCUUAUUCAGGUCCUGCACAUGGAUCAUAUAUUGUUGUCCAGAAUAGUGAUUUGAUCAAGAUCAGAUAUGUAUAUGUAUAUGCAGAGCCAAGACUGAAGUAUGAAAGUAAGCUUGGUAUUAGAACAGAAACUACCAAUACUACAGCAUGCCUGGAAAUCAAGAGACUCCUAGGAAAACAAGAUUGGUGCAGGCUCCUUAUUGUGUUUUAUGUUAUACUGUUAUUAGGAAUUUCAUAUUUUAAAUCAGUUAACAUGCAUGAUAAAAGGCGAGUUUCAAUGAUCUAGGCUGUAUGAUUACUGUGACAUAGUAAAAUAAGAAAGCAUGAACCCUGAUUUCAUUCCAGAACA